AUGGGAAACGUGAAAUUGAAUCAACCGCCGGAUCGGAUGUGUGUGGAAAAUGGCAACCUGGCCUCCCCUUCCAGCGGAAAUUGGCGUCAGGCGGUCCGGCUCUGCGAGAAGAGGGACGUGGAGAGAUGGCUGACAACCAAGGCCUUGAAGGCGAACGGGCUGUGGAGGCUGGGGAAGUACGACGAGGCGCUUGAGCUCUGUCUCGAUGUCCAGGGAGCGAGCCCUACAGACGAAGACACGCUGGCGGCGAUGACGUACAACUACCGGAUGAUGAGCCGCAGGGAGCAGGUGGCCCCUAUGUUCGAGGUUGCCGUCGCCGCGAAACCGCGGGACCCCUCCCUGAUUAAGGAGCUCUUCAUGUGCUACGUUAGGGCGAAACACUACCUGAAAGCACAGCAGACUGCAACCAAGCUCCACAAGGUGGACCCUCAGGGAGGCAAGUUCAUCAUCUGGGCGGCGGCGACGAUGCUGAUCCAGGCAGAGCGCAAGGACAGCUCCGCCGGGGUGAUGACCCUUCCCCUAGCCGAGAAGAUGACCGUCAAGGUCUUGCAGGAGAAUGCGGCGAACGGGUUGCGGCCUGUGGGCGAGGAGCUGCGGCUUUGCCUCGACAUUCUCAACCUCCAGGGGAAGCACAGGGAAGCCCUCGAAGCCCUGGAGCGGUUUGAGCCCGCCACGGGCGGGGAGGCUUCCGGCGGCUCCACAGCCUCCGCCGCGGACGAGAGUCGAGGCACGAUAGAGGACGAGUCCAGCCUGGAGAACGGGACCAUUGUCAACAUGCAGGAGGCGGAGCGCUUGGAGCUAAAAGCGGAGCUCUACGAGAAGCUGGGGGGCGCCGACGACCUGGCGCGCGCGGAGGAGGUGGUGCAAGGGCUAAUCAGGCGUUCGCCCGACCAGUGGAGCUACUACGUGACCGUCCUCGACCUGAUGGACAAGCGACACGGUCUGAGCGAGGCGGUCGCUGGUGCGGAGGCGGGGGGAAUAACAACGCCGGAGUGGCCGGCGUCGCUGUCGGCAGCCCUUGAGCUCAUCCGAAGCCUGCAGCAGGAGUAUCCCAAGUGGAGAGGUCCCUUCCUAGCGGAGAUGGAGGUGUUCAGGAGAGCAAUUGCCUGGUUCGGCUCCGGGUACACCCCCCCGGCUGCCCAGGAGGUGGGCGGCACCGCGCCAGCGUCGGAACCUCCACCCCCACCACCGCCAACAUCGUCAGGGGACGAGAUGCAGCAGACGCCACCGCCGCUAGUGCUGUGGGGGCUACUCUGUCGGUGUAUCUCGAGAUACAUGGCCGUCUUCUCGGCCAAGCUUUGCUGCUUCCAGGACUUGCGGCCCCACCUCACCCUCUUCGCGAUAGGCAUUGGCGAGGGCGAGUCGUCGGGUGGGAUAGAGGAGGGCCUAGUGUGGCUGAGAGACUUCUUUCGGAGAGAGGCGGCGGAAUCGAGAGCGGAAGCAGGCGCAACCGCCGGCGACGCCGAGCGGGAACAAGCCCCGCUUGACCAAGCGCAACGAGAGAUCGGCGUCAAGAGGUUGCACCGCUACAUCUGCGCGUGUCAGUCCCGGCACCUCCUCGGAGACCACACCCCCUCCAAGACAAUUCCCAUAGACAACGGGAGUUCCAGCGGCGUUGGCGUCGCCGCCGCCGCCGCCUCCGCGGGGCCCGGGGACGGCGACGAUGGCAGCGGUGGCGCCGAGGCUCGGUACCGGGGUGUUGUGGGGGAACUCACCUCCCAGUACAGGGCCACCCUGCACCUCAACCUCGGCAGCGAGGGAGGCCAGCGGGAGGUGCAGCACGGCGACGAGCUUGUCAUUCUUGCCGCACAGACAUUGCUUCGACUGUGCGAGCUCUACGACAAUGUCGGCGGGGGAGCAUCAGCGCCAGGGGGCGACGCAGACGGCGGCAGGCCCGAUCAGGCGAAGAGCAAGGGUUACCUGGGGAGAGUGGAGGCGGUGUGCUUGCUGGAGGCCGCCAUGUCCUGUUCGCCCUACAACCACCACCUCAAGAUCUUGGCGAUAGACGUUUACCGACAGCUUGGGUCGUUCGCGCGGGCUCUGACCAUUUUCGGAGAGCUGGACGUGAAGCAGAUACAGAUGGACACCCUGUCGUACCUGAUGCUGGGGCCGAGCCUCUGCCACGGGCUGUUCGGAGAAGUGCAGGGCCAGUGCAAGGGCAUCGCCGCCGUGCACCGGAGCUGCAAGAACGACACGGCCGAGCACGUGGCGACCGCGUUCGAGCGGGGGAACUACUCUAAGGGGGCCGAAGUCGAUCGCUUCCAGAGGGAGAAGCUGGACGUAAGCUUGCAGCUGGCCUUGGCAAAGGCGCAGAAGGUCACCAUGGACAUCAUGCUCGACCACCAGACCUAUACCUCCGCAGCGAGGUGCCUUCAAGAGGAGGAGAGACCGGAGCGCGGGGGUGGUGCUACAUUCCCAGGAGACGAUUGGUUGACCGGCCUCAAGGAGAACAUGGACUACUCCGUGCAGAUCGACAGGUGCACGGUGGUGAGCAAGGCGGAGGAGGAGUCGGUCGGGGCAGCGAGAACGGCGCGCCUACAGGCCUCCCUGAAGCGGCGGCUGCUGGCCAACCAGACGCUUCUUGUCGCGCUCAAGCCACUGAGGGACAAGGGGACGGCUGCUGCCUCGGAGGCAGUGCUGCGGGAGGCGGCGGAGGCCAUGGGGGGCGCCGCGGCUAGCGCGAAGUCUUGCAGGGACCUUCUGGCUUCGUGUCCCCGGCACGUGCUGACGCUAGACAGCGGAAAAAACGGUGCAGAGGGCGGCGGCAAGGUUUACCAGGCGGAGACCCCGUUGCGGUCGCAGUGGCUCCGGCUCGUGAGCAAGACGCUGACGGACGGCCUGGUGUACACCGCCAUCGUCUUGCAGGCUCUCGGCGCCGAGCUCCCAGCGGAUAAGAAGAAGAAGAGUGGCAAGGGGAAAGGCAAAGGCAAGGGCAAGAAGGCAGCCGAACCCGCCGCCGGGGAUGGAGGCGGCGCGCGGCUACGGCUGCAAGAGGCGCUGUCGGGGCUGGGCUGGGAGGUGUCCGAGCUGCUCCGAGCGAUGUCGACGACUCUGAAGUCUGAGGUAUCGGCGAAGGGAGAUCCCGCCCGUCCCGGGGAGACUCUGACAAAGCUGCUAAAGGGGGGGCUGGGUGCGGAGUACGAGCCCGCAAUAGGCAUGCUGUGGGAAUCGGACGGUGUGCGAUGGUGCAAGGAAAGCGUCGUCCCGGGGGCCGUGCUCGGCGUCACGGGUAGCCAGGCGAUUUGCUGCCAGCGCUUGCUGUCGGUCGUGACGGAGAAUCUAGCCAUGCUGCAGCGCUGGGAAAAGAAAGGGGGAUGAAUAGUUCCACCUGUCACUCGUUGCUCUAGGGAGCGACAUACAAAUAUUGUUGUAGGGCGAAGUCGAUACUCUGGGGAGCUAGUUUAUCUACAAAUGUUCUGGGGCGAGCUGUUGCAUGGUUGGAGUUUGGAGUCACCUACAGCGGGUUGAGAUCACCCCCCUCCCCGUCUUGAGUCCAUGACCCAGUCGAAGAGCGCUUCUUAGGCACCGUUGUACGUUGCUGGUUCAUUCCCAGACUAGAUCCAAAAGCGCACGGUGGGUUCUCUGGAUUUGUUUGUCGAAGGUGGUCAGGUUCCCGUCUUUUCUUCAUGAACGUUGUUGCUGGUUAGAAGCCAGCCUCUGAUUCGUCCGUCGUGCAACGUCAGUAAAAGUCAUGGUUUUGGGACGGACCACCCGUGGUGACCCCUUCCUCACCCCCAUGAUGUCGAAGAGGUACAUGAGGGAUGGUGUCUUGAGCGAAUUUUGUUGUGAACGGUUUGAGUGGUUACAGUAUGC